AUGUCCAUGGCGUGCCCCCAAACCCUGCUCCUCUGCCUGCUGCUCCUGGCAGCCACUGAAGGCCAGAGUCGACAGGCUGCCAUCCCAGGCUGCCACUUGCACCCCUUCAAUGUGACUGUGCGAAGUGACCGCCAAGGCACCUGCCAGGGCUCUCAUGUGGCACAGGCCUGUGUGGGCCACUGCGAGUCCAGUGCCUUCCCUUCCCGGUACUCCGUGCUGGUGGCCAGUGGUUAUCGACAUAACAUCACCUCCGUGUCUCAGUGCUGUACCAUCAGCGGCCUGAGCAAGGUGAAGGUGCAGCUGCACUGCGGGGGGAACCGGAAGGAGGAGCUGGAGAUCUUCACGGCCAGGGCCUGCCAGUGUGACAUGUGUCGCCUCUCACGCUACUAG